AUGAAGACUCUAAUUCUGCUGGCAUUGCUUGGCUUUGUACUGGCCCUUAGUUUGGCUAUUCCAUUCAACGGAGAUACUGCUGAAGCAUAUGAUGCUGAAAGUAACGAUCUUGCGAGGGACGUCCAAGCAGACGAAAAAGAAGGGUAAGAAAUAGAAGAAAGACACGUAGCCUGUUUCAUUGAUGCAGUUACUUACAGAUUUUCAAAGACUUAAUUGUAGCUUAUCUGUAAUGGCUAAAAAUGUACUCAUUUUCAAUUCCAUGAUACGUAUGUGUCCUUUUUCAUUGCUCUCCAAACAGUCCUACGUUUAAGUGAUUACAUCGAGGUUACAGUUGUUGAGGCCCCAACACAGAAUUCAAACAAACGAAAACGCUUUGUCAAAAUGUAUAUAUUUUUUUUCAUAAAGUAACGUUUUUCAUCCAGCAAAUAAGUUAUGAACCCGGCAGGGUAAUUUUCUGUUCAUUUUUGCGUAUUUGCCCUUUGUUAAAUCUCUAGCUAAAACAAGGAUAAUUUGGUAUUGUAAUAUAAAAAAUAUAUAAUUAUAUAAAAACUUAUUUCACUAGAUCGCCAACAAAGCACAUAAAUAAUGAUUUCGGCUGUGAGGACCUGCGUCGGUCUGCCACGUUCCCCACGUAGCCUUCUUUAAUGGUAGAUCGGUAAAUCACGAUAAUUAUAGCCUUUGCCGAAUAGUUACACAAAAAGGUAUUGUUUCCUGUUUGAUUAUUUGGAUGCAUGAAUAGAGUUUGCAACAAACAAUGGAAACAAAUUUCCAGUUAAUACAAAAAUAAGUUUCAUAUCAUAAACAUUAAAUAUCGAAUGUCAAUUUCGUUUGCUUAAACAGCAGCAACAAAGACAUGAACCACAGUAACGAAAACGAAGAAGACCAAGAAGACGAUGACGAAAACGUUUAUGCUGUACGGCAAGUAGACGAUGAUGACGAGGAAGGGGAGAACGAAGAUGAGAAUGAAAACGCUUUGAUCAAGCCAGGAAAUGAAGUUGAAGAUCCUAUCUGGCCUCUUCUCAUUGGUCGCGCAGUAUUUCGACGUUUCCGCCGCCGACGUAGAGGCCGGCGCGGGGGUUGGCGUCGUAGACGUAGAGGCCGUCGAUGGGGUUAAAGCUGGAAAUGUUAAAAGUAGGUGUAUAUAUCUAUAUUUAACGUAUCUAUCAAUCUAUCCCUCUACCCAUCCGUUUGUAUUUGUCUGUCGAUCUGUUUCUUUGUUUGUCUAUUUAUCUAUACAUUGUUUCAAGUACAAUCUGGACAAUCUGCAAUCUGUAUUGCGUUUCGUACAUCUCCACAAGUUUGUUUUCACUAUAUUCACCUCUCAGGCAUUAGCUAGAGUCUGCAUAUUUUACCACAUACAUAAGGGGGCUACCACUCUUCUUUCAAGUUGGUGGUUUCUGGUAGUUUAAAUUUUGCAACGAACAAACUAAAAUAGUGCGGAAGAAUCUUGACCCGGGUGCGCGACCUGUCCUCGGUCGGUAGCCAUCUUGAACUGUUUAAAGGAUGAUAUGUCUUUUUUCUUUUUUUCUAUUCUCGUUUAACAGCACAGAGUAAGAACAGGUCAUUAAAAAUUUCUUUUAUUAGUUGCAACGUAAAACACGUAAGAAAUCGAUUUAUUAUUACUUUGAUUUCUCACUGUCACUAAAAGAACGUAAAUUUAGGACAUUGCCUAGCAAUUACAAUCGAUUAAUAAAUUAUUUAUUUUCGUUUUUAUGUCAUUUAUUUUUUGCAUUUAUUUUUUGUUCCUUGCACCUUUUUCUAGGUCUUUCCGAACGUCCCUGUUAGAAGCGACUGCCUGGAUAGGAUUUAAUGACUAAAUCAAACAGCGAGCAUCUUUUAAUCUAGUUAUCGUAAACACUCUUGUGUAAAAUAUGGUUUACUCCUGUGGUUGGUUAGACCUCUUUUACGUUCGAAAGUUUAUGAAAUAGAUUUACAUUGACUUAAUAUCUUAGCACGCUAUAACAAAACGUACUACUAAAGAUAUGUAAGAGAAUUUAAACUGAAUAAACAAAAUGCAAUUAGGCGAGCUGUUGAGUUCUUCCCUGUCUCAGUGCAACUUCGUAUUAACUAAGAUAAUGGGAGACAUUGUCACUAUGGUUUCUGUAUGACAGGACUCGUAUAUCCCUUCUGUCAAUGUAGUCACUUUAUUGAUCGCGAACUUUUCACAGCCUUCGGCUGGUUUCCAUCAUUUGAUUAUAUCAUUUGCAGCAUUAGCGUACAGCCGACGCAGUUGCCUGUUAAAAUUUUCUCAGUGCAGUGUUCUUUUUGAGCUAAAUACGAGAAAAAAUCUUCCAUACAAAUGCAUCGGCUAUACUUGCAUGCUGCAGACGAAUUCACCCUUAAUCCUAGUCGGCCCAGACAGGGCUUCGGAGCCCCUCUCUCUCUUAUACUCGCAAAAAUGUUGAAUAAAUUCAAAACCGUUCAAGCUAUGGCCACCAAACUUUGAGACUUUUCCUAAAAACUAUCUCGGGACAUUUAAAUUUGUCGUGACGUGUACGUCAAAAUUAAGGUUAACUUUGGAACCAAGUUUAUAGUAAAAGCAAAGAUACGACAAAAGGCUUUAAAUCCAAAUUAAUUGGUUGUUCAUUUCGCUAGAGCUCUUUUUUAAUCCAGAAUAUCUGUAUCACGAUAUCAGUUAUAUUUCCUGUGAUAUCAAAUAAGUACACCCCCCUAUAUUUAGAAAUUUAGGUUCAAGAGAUCACUUUUCACUGGUUAAAAUAAUCAAACCCACAAAAUAUGCUCUGUAUUUCAGUCCUGCUAGCAGAAAAAAUGAUAUUCUUUAGGCGUGUCAUUUACAAUUUUCCUGUUUUUCAAUUACUUUCCCUAAGAAAUCUUAAAAAAAAAAAAAACAUAAAAGGAAAACGUGACCACGUACGUAAGAAUACUUCAAUGUGUACAUUGUCGUCCGAAAAUCGAUUACACGGACACAGUUGCAAAAGUAUCUCAAACGUUUACGUUGCUUUCGAUGCUUAAAAACAAUUAUUAGCAAAAUAGUUCAAGAAUACCUUUCAUUACCCGCAAGUAGCAUUUUCAUACACAUAUAUGAACGGGUUAAAUUGUGAAAAAAUGGCUGGAUGGAAUAAAGUUUCUUCGGAACAUCUUACACUAAUUAAUAAUUCAAAGCAUCAUUCACUUUAGCUAUAGGAUCCUUUCGUUUUCGCAAACCUGGAAUAUCUUUCGCUGCAGUGUUAACAUUUGUUGCUCGAAUUGGGUCGAUGAAAAGAAUUUGGAAUUUCUGGAGGUAGAAUGAGAUCUCAUCGUUGGAAAGGUUAAGGUAAAACAAGCGAAGAUAUUUCGAUUUAAUAAUAGCUGCUAUUUAACAAUGAGGCCCACAGCAACCAACCGUUGAACAUGGUAGCUACGCUUGUUUCUUUCCAUGAGUGAGUCUCUCAGUCUAUUGCUCAAGGAUAUUUAUGUGUUAACCCUGGGACGUUCACGCAAAGUGAAACCGCCACCGUUGUACAAGGGGGAAGAGAGUUUUUGAUAUGCUACAGCAUUUCCAAAAGAUUGUACCUUCAGUGAAGAGCCUUUUAUCUUCCCUAAAGAUGAGGUAUAUUUUAUCGGUGGUGGCGCUGCUAAGACCUGUGGUGUCACCAAACAUGGUCGCCAUCUUGGCCACCAUCUUAGAUUUUACCGAUAAUUAGAAAUCAGGUAAAAACGGCGAGAAUUGGUGUUUUUGUGCUUGACAUGUAGAAUAACACAUAAAUAAGUAAUUUGCUUCAUUUUAUCCACAAGAUUUACUUUUAUCGUUCAAAGAAAUUGAAAAAAAAAACAUGCAUUUUUACUCAAAAAUGGCUAAACCACCUGCUAGUUAUGAUGUCUUAUCUCGUAACCAUAGUAACUGAUCAUCACUUAACUUGUCUCAAACUGCGCGUAAGGGAUAAACCAACAGCUAAUGAAAAGUUAAGGUGCUUAUGUUCCAUCUUCUAGAAAAAAAAGUCAGAAAAACCUUAGAGGGGAUUGAGUAAAGGCAGGAGAGUAGAGAAUUUUUCCUGAAUCAACAUCACAUGAUUAAAUGUCAGUUUGUCAGGUUAAUGGACCUACUUUGCAGUGGUGGUUUAUACAAACAUUAAGAAGAAAGAUUAAAACUCUUAAUUCAUCUAUUGAUAAAAUUGCUGACGAAUACAAUCUCUAUAAGAUCAAGUAAAAAAACUAAGGUGAAAAGAAAUAUCUUAGCAGUUAGUUUGUUAUGUACAGAUUGAGUUAAAAAGGGCGCAUUUCCAUAGUUAAAAUUUGAUACCUUGACAAUCAAUAAUAAUAAAAGUACAAAGAAACCUUUUUUGAUACAAGUACCCGCCCCUAUACGACAAUGCUACUUGCUGGUAAUCUUAUUUUUGAGCUAUUUUGCUAUUUUGCGCAUUAAACGCAAUUUGUUCAAAGAAACUGUUCCAGCUCAGUCCGUGAAGAACAGGAAAAGACUGAAGACACACCUUAAUAGAGAUAUUAGCUUUUAUGCAGCUGGACUAAAGAUACAGGUUAUAUGUUGAAUAGGCUUUGAAUAUGACUAAUUGUAUCAGCCACCAAAGACUGGCUAAUGAGUAACCGGUCAGGGUGGGCAAUUCUUUGUGAAACGAUAACGAUCAUUUGAUCUUCAUUCACUUACAAGUGUUUUCGAAUUUUGAUAGUUCUUGCAUGCAAACUACGCUAAUAUAUUGGUCUUUCAUUCAAAGUUAUUGUACAUCCCUUAUAUUUUUAUCCGUCUCUUCACUUCUAAUAUGAAUCACUUUUUUCGUAAACGAAGUAGGUGCCUCAAUACUUAAGCAUUUGACAGUAAAAAAAUAAAGCAAUAGGAAGUGGCCGUUUUCUCUUACGUGACCCCGCUAUUACGGAUUCGAUAUCCCUUUUUUUGCAAACACCGACUCGUAUGGUGAAUGGUUCCUUAUAAACGUUCCUCAGGAUUAUAAAUAAAUCAAGCAAUAGCAGUGGAUUUGGUCAGCCUGUGAAACAACCUUUAGUUAGGCUUUUGGAGAGUUUUGUGAUUUUACUGAUAUUUUCUAAAGGUUGUUUUCUACUAUCUUUUGUCUGGUUUAUGCAAAACAGUUGAUUAAUAUUGCAAAAUUAUAUUGAUCUAACAGCUGAAUAGAUAUCCCUGUGCAACUUAUAUAAGUAAGAACGCCCAUCGUAAAGUGACCACUAAUUUAAGAGUCAUGCUCAAGUUCUUCUACUAACGAAAAUUGAAGAAAUUCGUAUAACUCCCCCAAUAAUGACUCACCACAUCACGGAUUUCAUGUACUCCAUUGAAGGAUCGGUUACAUCAGUCAGGAUAUUCAAUAUCCAUAAAUCGUCGAACCCAACCGGAAUUAAAAGCCAUAUAAAUUUAUUACUUUUCAAGAGAAAAAUGUGUAUGCUCUCUAAUUUGUUGUUAUUGUCAAGUUAUUUGAAUAUCUUUAAUUUGUUUCUUGAGUUGCACAGUACUGCAGAUGUAUACUUAAUUUUUAAAUGAUAUUGCUGAUAGAGAUAUUCAUUACUAAAAGAGAGCUCUUGGGAAACUUGCUAUUUUUGGUCAGAGCUCCGCUUUUACAAUAUUCAGUUUUAUCAUGUAUCAUUUUAUAAGCAGGUUAUAUUUUACCUUCAUCUAUGAGCACUCAUCAGGAAAUUUUCAGUUGCAAAUCAAUCUCGGAUGUUGUAAAAAAAUCAUAAGUUUAAAAAAGGAAGUGGUAAUUUUACCGUUGUUUGCCAACGCUUCUGUAGCAGAAAAAAAUUGUAUUGUAAUUGUUCAGGUUUCUCUCGAUAACCUUUAUGGAGGUAGUCAAAUCGCAGUGGUGUAUGGUCUAGAGCGUUGAAAAUAGGCAGGCAAACAGCUUAAACAAUUAGCCUGCGCUACAAACGUAACUUAACUUCUAACGGGGGUUAGAUUACGUCUGUUACGCAGGCUAUAAACAACUAGCUAGACGAAAAAGCUUAAAUUACCUACUUAAGGAAGGAACGCUGGACGAAACACAGCAUUAUGAUCUGUGAAAGUAGAUGAACAAUUGUCGUGAGAGGAGGACCUUGUGCAGAGACCUCGUUGUUUAUUAAGGCUCGUUCGGGCAUUUCCUUCACUUAUAGUAACAGUGGUAAUCAUUUUUUCGCUAGAAAAUUACCAAAAAGAAAACAACAAAAACCAAAAAACAAAGAAAGAAAGAGAAGACGUAAAUUAAGUACAAUUUUGUAUACAAUAAAUCUUUUAGUUUAAAAGAUAAUAAGUAUGAAUAAAAAAGUUACAUUAUAAUGCAAUCUCGAACAAGGGGAAGUACUUCGAAUAGGGGGAAAUAAUGAAGACACGCCUACAUAAAAAUAGAGCUGGUAUUAUUAAAUCAGCAACAAUAUUGCUACGCCCUCAGUUGCGGAUGGGGAGAAACCUCAAUGGCGCGGGUAAAAGUUCAAAAUCCUCUUUUUGCAAAUCUCAAUAUCUUUCUGUGGUGUAAAAAUUAGAAAUGAAAUUUGUUGGGGUUAAAUGUUCCUCUCCUUUUUUACAUUUUUAGCUGAGUUAAACAUAGUUUCAGGUAGGUUAAGCGUAAACUAUGAACCAUGACUUAUGCUAAAUCACGCUUUCUCAAACACUGUUGUUUAGAGCCUUUAUAACCUCCUUGGUAUUUUUGGCAAUUUUAAAUAAGUUAAAUAACUGAUUACUAUAGAUUACAAUCGGGGCUAAUAUACGACAUGUACAACAGGAAACAUUUUUAGUCAAGAAGGAUAUGUACCUAUUGGUCUUUAUUUAGCUUAUUGAGCCUUAAGUGUAGGUCCUCGUCAUAUUUUUUAUGUAUUCACUGGUAACAAAACGUGAUGUUUAAAUUUCACACAUGAUGUUAAUUUUAGAAAGAUAUCCUGGAUAUUUGUUUUGAAUCAAAAUAUCACGAUACCUAGGAUCGUUGCAUAGCACAUAAAAGCGCGACGUGCGUUUCCAUGAACCAGUAGUCAACUCAAGAAGUUUUGGAGAUGAAGACUCUAAUUCUGUUGGCAUUGCUUGGCUUUGUACUGGCCCUUAGCUUGGCUAUUCCAUUCAACGGAGAUACUGCUGAAGCAUAUUAUGCUGAAAGUAACGAUUUUGCGAGGGACGUCCAAGCAGACGAAAACGAAGGGUAAGAAAGACACGUAGCCUGUUUCAUUGAUGCAGUUACUUAUAGAUUUUCAAAGACUUAAUGGUAGCUUAUCUGUAAUUGUUAAAAAUGUACUCAUUUUCAAUUCCAUCAUAUGUAUGUGUCCUUUUUCAUUGCUCUCCAAACAGUCCUACGUUUAAGUGAUUACAUCGAGGUUACAGUUGUUGAGGCCCUAACAUAGAAUUCAAACAAACGAAAACGCUUUGUCAAAAUGUAUAUUUUUUUUUUUUCAUAAAGUAACGUUUUUCAUCCAGCAAAUAAGUUAUGAACCCGGCAGGGUAAUUUUCUGUUCAUUAUAGUGUAUUUGCCCUUUGUUUAAUCUCUAGCUAAAACAAGGAUUAUUUGGUAUUGUAAUAUAAAAAAUAUAUAAUUAUAUGAAAACUUAUUUGACUAGGUCGCCAACAAAGCACAUAAAUACUUAUUUCGGCUGUGAGGACCUGUGUCGGUCUGCCAAGUUCCCGACGUAGCCUUCUUUAAUGGUCGGUAAAUCACGAUAAUUAUAGCCUUUGCCGAAUAGUUACACAAAAAAGUAUUGUUUACAGUUUGAUUAUUUGGAUGCAUGAAUAGAAGUUUGCAACAAACAAUGGAAACAAAUUUCCAGUUAAUACAAAAAUAAGUAUCAUAUCAUAAACAUUAAAUAUCGAAUAUCAAUUUCGUUUGCCUAAACAGCAGCAACAAAGAUAUGAACCACAGUAACGAAAACGAAGAAGACCAAGAAGAAGAUGACGACAACGUUUAUGCUGUACGGCAAGUAGACGAUAAUGACGAGGAAGGGGAGAACGAAGAUGAGACUGAAAACGCUUUGAUCAAGCCAGGAAAUGAAGUUGAAGAUCCUAUCUGGCCUCUUCUCAUUGGUCGCGCAGUAUUUCGACGUUUCCGCCGCCGACGUAGAGGCCGGCGCGGGGGUUGGCGUCGCCGACGCAGAGGCCGUCGCGGAGGUUGGCGUCGUAGACGUAGAGGCCGUCGAUGGGGUUAA